AUGUCCUCGAACAACAACAGCAGCGGCGCAAUCCAGAUGGAACUUCCACCGCUCUCGAAUGUCCUGGAGGAGGAUAGGAAGGAGGACUGCUCCGCCGCAUUCAUCGGCCUCGGCGCCUACACGUUCGUGAGCGGGCGGGCGCAGCUGCGGGAGCGCGAGAAGCUGAUCAGCCAGGCAGCGACACGGUGGGGGAUCGGCGCGCGGAGGAUGGGGAUCUAUGGCAUUGCGGCAUCGAUGGUGGGGUUGGGUGUUUAUCGGGCUAUUAUGUAG